GGCUUUCGGUUGAUAGAAUAUUUGCACAGCAUCAUCUCCAGAAUGAAGUUCAUCGUCCUUUUCGCUGCCUUGAUGGCCUACGUCGUAGCUCAGGAUACGGUCUACACCAACAAAUACGAUAACAUCGAUGUUCUGGAAGUGGUCAAAUCCGAUCGUCUUUUCAAGAACUACUACAACUGCCUGCUGGACCAAGGCAAGUGUCCACCGGAUGCGGCUGAGCUGAAACGUGUCCUACCGGAAGCCCUGGAAACCGACUGCGCCAAGUGUAGUCCCAAGCAGAAGGAGAGCAGCGACAAGGCCAUCGAGUAUCUCUCAGCCAACCGCCCGGAAGAAUGGGCUGCCCUGAAGGCCAAGUACGACCCCGAUAACAAAUACGUCGAGAAGUACCGUGCUGAUGCCGAGAAGUCCGGAAUUAAGCUGUAAGGAUGAGGAUUUCCGGCGCACUGCGACUUGAAGACACAUGCAAUCUAAAACGGCCCUGAAUCAGUUGUUCAAUCUUGUAAUCUGUACCUAUCAAACUAUGCAAAAAUAAAAUCUUGUUUGUUGAUAAA